AGAGAUACACUCGCCAUGGUGCAGACCGGUGUGCUUGUCGCUGCCUUGCUCGCUCUGGGUGCUGGGGGCGCCCUCAACCCCGCAUCGGCCCAGAAGUGGUGUGGCUACCCUGAUAAAGAAGUCGGAUACUCGGAAAACGAAGUGAUGUCUUCCAAUGCAGAAGGACACAAUGUGCGGAGCGAUGGGUACGUGCGGCCGGGAAGUGAUUUUAGAGGGAUCAGCGUCAAAGUAAAUCAUUGGAAUGCUCAACACGUAGCUUGGUUCCCUGCUGACCCUUGCUUCCCUGCCACAGGAGAGAAGUGGGAGUGGAUGAAAGUGAACGUAACAAAGUACCAGGGGUGGACGAAUCUUGGUUUAAAAUAUUGCUACAUUCGCUUUGAUCUGGUUACUGAUUAUUGCCGAAGGACAUGUGCACGCUAUAAUGAUGUCUCAUGUGUGUGGCCCCUUGGAGGUCUGAGUGUUGUGGCUCGUGGGCCCUCAAAUUGGAGAAGUGACCAUCCAGGAACAACGUGUCUUGUAAAUGUGCCGAGGCCAUCACACCCUCCUGUGUACAUCUGCGAAAAGCCUCCUCCAUUCAGGCCACCUUCAGGCAGUAUCUCACCUGCAACCACCACCCAAAGCACUACAUCUGCGUCUUCGUCUUCGUCAGUGGUGUUGCUGAUAGUGGUGCCGGUGGUGGCGGUGGUGAUACUCCUGGUGAUAGUGGUGAUAGUGGUGGUGGUGGUCUGCCGCAGGCGACGAAGACGCAGAUCAGCGGCAUCACUCAUGGGGGUCCAGUAUCAUCACCAGCUUGACCCACUCACACCCACACAAGACUAUGUCAUCGAGAACAACCUGUAUGAACCACUCGGAGGCCUCGUAAACCCCACCAGAGCCAGGGAGGACCAGCAACAAGUAUACGUCGUGGAGAACAACCUGUAUGAACCUCUCCCUGGACCUGUAAACCCCAACAGAGCCAGGGAAGACCAGCAACAAGUAUACGUCGUGGAGAACAACCUGUAUGAACCUCUCCCUGGACCUGUAAACCCCACCAGAGCCAGGGAUGACCAGCAACAAGUAUACGUCGUGGAGAACAACCUGUAUGAACCUCUCCCUGGACCUGUAAACCCCAACAGAGCCAGGGAAGACCAGCAACAAGUAUACGUCGUGGAGAACAACCUGUAUGAACCUCUCCCUGGACCUGUAAACCCCACCAGAGCCAGGGAUGACCAGCAACAAGUAUACGUCGUGGAGAACAACCUGUACGAACCUCUCCCUGGACCUGCCAACCCUGGUGCUACAUGGGAACGGCAAGGGACGGUAGUAGUGGAGAACGAUCUCUAUGAACCACUCGGUGUCCCUCGUACCAGCACCACCAGAGGACACACCUAUAGAUGAAGACACUGGUUUGUAUAAUAAAGAUUCUUAUAACAUAACGGCAAGGGACAGUAGUCGUGGAAAAUGGUCUCAAUGAACCACUCAGUGUCCCUCGUACCAGCACCACCAGAGGACACACUUUGAUAAAAAAGUAAUGUGUAUAAUAAAGAUUCCUAUAAUUUACCUUGACCAUGCUGACUAUGGAGCUUAGAUACUGUCAUGAACCAACUGAAUCCGCGUCCUGUUAUUAAGUAAGGCUUAAGUAAGUUUAAGUAAGGUUCCUGAAUUCCUGUACUUUUUAUAGGAGGGGACAGCGCCGAUAAGAAAACUACCACUAGGAGUCUUUUGGUUUGCCGCAUAAUCUGUUUCUUGUCCAAAGGCACACAGACGGUCACAAACAGCAUCAUUACAGCUGAUAACACUUGGACAGACGCACAAACUCUUUCCUGGACGCUGGGCAACAAGCACACACCGUUCCUUGCCCCACUGCCUUAGGGUCAUGUUCGUAAACUUUCAGCGCCAAGCACACACAUUUAACAAGGCUUUCAGGGGAUUUGUGGGCAUUUCCAGUGGUAGUAGUUUUAUGACCUGGUGGUAGUCUGGCAAAGUUCCUGCACCAUGAAGGU